UGAAGCGGCGAAAAGAGUUGAAGUCACGAAAACAGCCGGAAUUAAAGUCCUGUGGGUGGGAUCUGGGGCGGCCACGGGCCACCAAAAAUGUUGUUAUAGGGCCCCCAUGGUGACCACAGCCCUUACUAAUCUGACUGGCAGCCUUUCUUUCUAAGGCACAUUCGUUUAAAGUCAGCAGUGGCGCCUUGCCCAUUGUCAGUAGGUCAGACGUCCUCUAUCAAGCAAAGAGGAUCACAUACAGCAGCCUCCGGGCCUAUAUAGCGAGAGCACCUGGAGGGGGCGGAGCCGCGGAUGAGCAGCCUGACAUGGAAUGACACAUUCGCAUCACCGGGAAAGGGGGGGAGCAAAUGGCUUCCAGUGUGUCACUAACAUAGCGGUGCGCGACAUCCCCAUCACCGGAUCCUUUGCUGCACCACCGGCCUUGGCUCUAGCGCCCCGGAUCCCCCUUCAGCUAUGGAGCACAUCAGGCUACCCAAGGUUGAAAAUGUCAGUUUACUUGACCAAAUAUCCUCCAGGAAAGCUGCUUUGGGAACCUUAUAUCUGACAGGGACCCACAUCAUUUUUGUGGAAAAUAUAUCUGAAACACGAAAAGAAACCUGGAUCCUUUACAGCCAGAUCUCUUCUAUUGAAAAACAAGCAACAGCAACCAGUGGUUGUCCCAUACUUAUGCGCUGCAAAAAUUUCCAGGUUAUUCAGCUCAUUAUCCCUCAGGAACGAGAUUGCCAUGACAUUUAUUUAUCCUUGGUACGUCUGUCACGGCCAGUUAAAUAUGAGGAGCUGUAUUGCUUCUCCUUCAAACCAAAUUUGGACAAAGCAGAGCAGGAAGAAGGCUGGAAGCUGGUUGACUUGAAUGAAGAAUACAAUCGCAUGGGUCUUCCAAAAAGUCUCUGGCAGAUUAGUGAUGUCAAUCGAGAUUACAGAGUAUGUGACUCAUACCCUACAGAUAUCUACGUACCAAAAUCUGCCACUGUGCCAAUCAUCGUUGGCAGCUCAAAAUUCCGGAGCAGGGGAAGAUUUCCCACUCUUUCAUAUUACUACCAAGACAACAAUGCUUCAAUUUGUCGAAGUAGUCAGCCCUUGUCUGGAUUCAGUGCGCGGUGCCUUGAGGAUGAACAGAUGCUGCAGGCUAUAAGAAAGGCAAAUCCUGGAAGUGAUUUCCUUUAUGUUGUUGAUACACGACCAAAGCUCAAUGCAAUGGCAAACAGAGCAGCAGGAAAAGGCUACGAAAAUGAAGACAACUACUCCGAUAUCAAGUUUCAGUUUAUUGGCAUAGAAAACAUCCACGUCAUGAGAAACAGCCUGCAAAAAAUGUUGGAAGUUUGCGAGCUCCGAUCUCCUUCUAUGGGAGACUUCCUUUGGGGACUGGAAUCCUCUGGUUGGCUAAAGCACAUCAAAGCAAUUAUCGAUGCUGGGAUUUUCAUAGCAAAGGCUGUGACAGAAGAAGGAGCCAGUGUUCUUGUCCAUUGCUCAGAUGGAUGGGACCGGACAGCCCAGGUUUGCUCUAUUGCCAGUCUUCUGCUUGAUCCAUAUUACAGAACCAUAAAGGGAUUUAUGGUUUUAAUUGAAAAAGACUGGAUUUCAUUUGGUCAUAAAUUCAAUCACAGAUAUGGAAAUUUGGACGGUGACCCAAAGGAAGUGUCCCCAGUGAUCGAUCAGUUUAUAGAGUGCGUUUGGCAACUGAUGGAACAGUUCCCGUGUGCAUUUGAGUUUAAUGAGAGGUUUCUGGUUCAUAUUCAUCAUCAUAUUUACUCCUGCCAAUAUGGCAAUUUCCUAUGCAACUGCCAGAAAGAGAGGAGAGAAAUUAGAGUCCAUGAGAAAACCUACUCACUUUGGUCGUACUUGUGGAAGCAGCGCCUGGACUAUAUGAACCCACUGUACCGAGCAGAUCACAGUCAGACGCAGGGAACCCUGAGGCCUAACACUUCCCCCUUUAAUUUCAAGUUCUGGAGGGGUCUGUACAAUCGCUUUGAGAAAGGCAUGCACCCUCGUCAGUCUGUGACAGACUUCCUCCAGGCAGUAAAAGAAGAGACCCAGCAGCUAGAGGAGGAACUGGAGUUCAUGCAAAAGAGAUGGCAAAAAUUUGAGAGCCAGCAGUUGAAUGGCACAAAGAAUUUUGAUGAAGGACACGGAGACAAGUUGCAGAUUAGUGCUACUGCCUACACCUCUGCUAACAGUCCCCAGGAUUAUAGCAGCAACCUGAAGUCCUUCCCUUCCCGCAGCCCUUCCCAGGGUGAAGAGGAUUCCGCCCUCAUUCUUACUCAGGAAAACUUGAAGAGCUCAGAUCCGGACCUAUCUGCAAACAGUGACCAAGAAUCGGGGGUGGAGGAUUUGAGUUGCAGGUCACCAAGCGGAGGUGAUUCAUUACCAAGCGAAGACAGCGGCAAAGACCCUGAUUCCGAUGAAGCCAUGUUCCUCAAUGCUUAAUCCCAAUUAAAAGAGCUACAUUGGGUAUAGGAUAUGUAACGGCCCAAACAGGCAAACUACGCUGCUUAACUCACAACAGGUUACUGGGUUCAGCUUCAAUAGGUGACAUUACUGAAAAUGAUAUUUAGGAUCAAAUCUUGGAAAUAUUUAUGUUUGAAAUCCAUGCAGCAAAGUAGGUAGAAGUAACUGACCAUAAGUGUGGCAUGCAAAUCUACAUCUAGUUCAGCUUCCAUUGCUUUCAUAUAUGGAGUAGAUCAUACACCAUUCAGUGAUGUCACAGAUUUGUCGACUGUAAAUCUCAUUUAAAUUCCUGCCCACGUGUACGGCUGAAAAAUAUUUCCUUCUCUUCUUCUGUAAGUAUAACAGGGAAUGACAUUUCCCAUGGAAUAUCUCUUCAACCUCCCUGUGUUAGAUCUAAGUUGAGAUUCUACAUUCUGUUACUGGGUUUUAAUAAUAUAUUUGGGAAAUCUUGCUCUACGUUUACUACAGUUGCAGGGUAUUCAGCCCUGUGGUACGUAUUUACACUUUCACUAAUCUUUUCACAUUUAAAGUCAAUUUUUGUGGCUGCAAGUGGUCUCGUUGUGAACUGCUGCUUGGUUAUUCUUGGUUAGCUUGUAACUGUCAGCUGCUGCAGUACCCCAUGAAUUGUCAGCAAGACAAUACUUAAUGUUUCUCAUUUUAACACCCCAUGCAUGCGGGGACAUGACUCAAAAAUAGCUGAGUGAAAAAAACAGAACUGAUGUGGACCUGCUGUUUUCAAAACACCAUCCAGCGUGUGAUAGCUAACCAAAAUUGUAGAGGUAGAAACAGACCAGGAAUCAGCAAUGCUUAAUCUGCAAUCACCCUUUAUUGGUGUUUUCUUACGACAUGUUUUGGGAACUGAUCCCUUUUUCAAGUCAAUAUACAUUAAUUAGAAAAUCUGUACCUUAGUCUUCUGCAGUUUGGUUGCCUCUUUUUCUUACUGGCACUGACUACUGACAGCCAAGCUUCAGCACCGCUCCGGGUUCUGGAAGGCAGGAAAAGCAGAAUGUGUGGUUGUUUGUUAUUGAGGUGAGCCUUAGUGAGAAACAAACAUGACUUUUUUUGACUUUACAUCCCCUUUAAAUGCUGAAAUGUGAGAGCUGCUGCUGGAAUCUACAGAUUUCUCUUGACCAUUCACAGUGAACAAAAAUGAUGUUUACAUACUAGAAAUCAGCUUUUCCAUUUCAUCAAAGGAGAGCUUUAUUGUUUUCAUAGCUUUUGCCACAGACAAUUUCAGAACGGGACAAUCAUCUUUUACAACAAACAUAUGAAAUAGAACUUAACUUGACUGUCUUGAGGCUUGGAUAUUUGGCCUCCAUAUCUGUGGCCUGUGUAAAGACACAAUUAUUGUGCUCUUUGCAUCUUGACUUGCUUGUGGAACUAUACAGUGUUUCGGGAGUUUCGGCCUCCCUCAUAUAUUUCACCUACAGCCUGGGUGUCGAGCUUGUGCUGAAAGUGAAAUCGUUAUGGCAGUGCCAUCUCUGUCUGUUAGUAUCUGGAAAUGGACUGCCUCUUGUUCUUGCUAGUCGGGUACAUUAUCUCGGCCAGGGCCCCAGCAAAAAAAAGUUUCAGGGUCCCCUGUGAUGAUCCAAUGUAACACCUGUAGGACCCCCUUCCCCAAGCCUUGUGUGAAUGAUUUGACUGGCUCAGGCAGGCACGAACAAUGGAGGAUAGAAGAGGUUGGGGAUGGAACGAGGGCUCUUAGGGCCUACUUAGGACCUACUUCUCCUCUGGGCCCCUACAAGUUCUCAGGUUCUGCUGUACAGAGAUUAAGUCUCUGGUUAGAAUCAUUCCAAAGGCUUUUAUAAUACUUCUAACAUUCAGUGGGUUGUGUGGGAACAUAGGUAAAGUCCCAUGUUAUGGUGCUAAGCAAAUAUCUAGCUAGGCAUAUUAUAUCACAUUUAAAUAUUCUCUGCACAAAUGGUUGGCAUAACUAGGCAACUCCCAAAUUCUCCAGUGUUCAUUUUACUCAACAAAUAUCUUCCUAAUAGUGAUGCAUGGGCUGGACAUUUUCCUACUUGCACCCACCCUAACCUGCCCCUCCUCAACCCAGGCCUGACCCCACCUAGAGUUGAUAAGGGACUUUUGAGCUCAUCUCUGACAUGUUCUGAUGGGACUGGGGGAGAAGCGGACUGCAGGAACCACUAUCCCACCAAUAACAAAGGGAUGAGGAGCCCAAAAAUGACAGGUGCUGUGAGUGGACGUUGUUUACACCAGACCCAAACCAAUUUGAAGGAUUUUGAGCCACUAGAUCCUAACUGUAGCUUAUUGGACGCCAUUUACUUAAUGGGGCCAUAUACUGUUUAUUCUGCAGAUUACAAUUCUUUACAUAGAUUUGAUGAUAUCAGCCGUAUUUAUACCUGAGCCUCCCGUGAUAUUUGACCUGGACAAGAGCCAGACAAUGGCAAAAAGAAGCAAGAAUUGUCUCCGGAGCCGUUCCUGCUUGAUCACUCUUGUCACACUGAGCAAAAAGUAAAUAAUGUAAAUUUCAGAAGUGCUAGGAACAACAUUCUGAGUAAUGUGACAUUGUUAUAUGGCAUGGUAUAUGUCUGCUAUGGUAUAUGUGAUUUUGUGCAGAAUAAUGAGCCACAAUGGAGGCCAGUUAAAUUGACGGGAGACCUGGGGGUGACACAAUAUUCAGUUGCCGUCUUGUAUUUUAUUGUUACAUUUUUGCAUAAGCUUUAAGUAAGAGGUUUUAUUUAUAUUCUGUUUUAUGUGCUUAAUAAAACCCAUGUCCUUGUACUGUAUAUAUUGUUUUGUGAAUAUAUAAUAUAUAUAUAUAGGUGAGAAUAUAUAAAGUGCUAAAUAUUUCAAUAUAAGAUGUGUAGAAUGUCAUAUUCUGUAUGUUUACUUUAAGGAAUCCACUUGUAUUUAUUUAAUGUGUAGUUGGACCAGUGUAAAUAUGUAUAUAAUAGAAAAUGUCAGUGCACCUUUUUGUGUAUAAUAAAGGCCCAAAAUAUUCCUCA